CGCUAUCCGGUUGCCUCUCCUCCCUCAGUAGCAACAUCGUAUUCGUUUGCCAAGGACAGGAAAUUGACAGCAGUUUACGCCAUCUUUGACCUGCUUCGAUUGCCAAUUGAUAAAAUCGAUCAGUAUUACGACGAGUAUCAAAUUAGCGGUCUAUUAUCUAAUGUAGAGGCGGAAUUUCAACUGUUGAAGGCCUCUAUUGGCUCUGAUUCCGAUAUUGAUGAUGAAAUAAAAUAUGCCUAA